AAUAUGUAUGUAUGCAAGUGAGCCUCUUGACAAAAUGUUGUGUAUGCAAUCGAGGAAUAAAAAAUAUACUUUCCUCUCUUGUGAUUCUCCAUAAAUACACUAACAUCAAUACCCUAGUCCCUCUCUUUCUCCAAUCAACCCAUUGUCUCAUUGCUUAGCUUUUCUUUAGUACUUUGUGAGUCUUGAAGGUUGUGUUUUUAUGUGAUCAUGGGAAUUCAAAAGCCAACAUGGUUGGAAGCUCUCUAUAGAGAAAAAUUCUUUGCUCCAUGUUCAACUCACGAGAGUGCAAAGAAGAAUGAGAAGAAUAUUUGUUGUUUAGAUUGUUGCACAAGUAUUUGCCCUCAUUGUGUGAUGGCACAUCGUUUCCAUAGACUUAUUCAAAUUCGACGUUAUGUGUACCAUGAUGUUGUUCGACUUGAGGACCUAGAGAAGCUCAUAGAUUGCUCAAACGUUCAGGCCUACACAAUAAAUAGUGCUAAGGUGAUUUUCAUCAAGAAAAGACCUCAAAAUAGGCAAUUCAAAGGAUCUGGAAAUUAUUGCACUUCUUGUGAUAGAAGCCUUCAAGAACCCUUUAUUCAUUGCUCUCUAGGAUGCAAGGUGGAUUUUGUGCUAAACCACAACAAUGACAUUUCUCCAUUCUUAAGGAGAUGUACAACUUUACAACUUGGUCCGGACUUCUUUAUCCCUCAUGACAUGGCUGAUUAUGACACGGCUAACGAGACAGCCCAAUCGACGAUCGUGGACAACGAUGAGCCCUGGGGCUCAUCGUUGACGUCUGGAUCGUCGUCGGGAUCGGAGAACAUGAUGUUGAUGAGUACUACUAAUAAUUUUCCAUGUGUGAGGAAGAAAAGAAGUGGAUUAUAUGUGUGUGGAAGAAUUACAAUCAAUAGUUAUAAUAAAAACAUAAGUGAUGAAGACAUGGCUACUAGCAUGAGUAGAAGAAAAGGGAUUCCUCAUAGGUCACCUUUGUGUUAGAAUUUAAUAAUUUUAGUACAAUUAUUUCACAUUUUUACUUUGACCAACUUUCAAAUUUAGAAAUUUUUAAUUAUUCUUGGCUCACUGCUCAUGACACCCCACCCCCCAC